AUGUCGACAACCACCACCACCACCACAACAACAUCCCUCUUCUCCUCCGCCCCCUACAUUCCCCCCGACGCAAUCUUCGCCCUAACAGCCCAAUACAACGUCGACCCCUCGCCCGUCAAAGUAAACCUCGGCCAAGGCACCUACCGCGACGACAACGGCCAGCCAUGGGUCCUGCCCUCCGUGCGCGAAGCGCGAAAAGCCAUCCUCGAGAACGGGCUGUAUCACGAGUACCUCCCGAUUCUAGGCCUAAAAGGACUACGGGACGGCGUCGCAAAGCUGAUCUUCGGCGGGGGAUACGACGCGCUCGCUCAGAAACUCGCGACGUCCCAGGCGGUUUCAGGCACGGGGUCUCUGCAUCUCGCCGGCGCGCUGAUCAAGUCCGUCACGCCCAAGCACCUGCUUGAGAAGAGGAAAGUAUACAUCCCCGCUCCAACCUGGUCAAACCACCACCUCCUCUUCUCAUCGCUGGGCUUCGACGUCGUGCCGUUUACGUACUACAACGCGCACACCAAAUCCCUCGAUAUAGAUUCCUACCUAUCCGCGCUCCGCUCCGCAGAGCCCGCAUCCGUGUUCAUCUUGCAUGCAUGCGCGCAUAACCCCACAGGCCUGGACCCAACCGUCGAACAGUGGAAGGAGAUCGGGGCGAUCGUCAAAGACCGCGGGCUGUUCCCUGUCUUUGACGCGGCGUAUCUGGGCUUCAACUCGGGGGACUAUGAUGCGGAUGCGUGGGCGAUUCGGUAUUUUGCAGCCGAGCUCGGGAUCGAGUGUGCGGUUUGCGCGAGCUUCGCGAAGAAUAUGGGGCUUUAUGGCGAACGCGUCGGCGCCGUCAUAAUCGUCACGGCUGACGGCACGACCGCGAGAAACACACAGUCCGUGCUGGAGUCGCUGCAGCGCUCGGAGAUCUCGAACCCGCCGGCCUUUGGGGCGAGGAUCGCGGAGACGGUGCUAGGGGAUGAGAGGCUGAAGGGGCUGUGGUUUGAGGAUUUGAGGACGAUGAGUGGGAGGAUUGCGGAGAUGAGGAGGGCGCUGGUUGAGGGGUUGGGGAGAUACGCGCCCGAACAUGACUGGGGCCAUCUCGUUAGACAGUCGGGCAUGUUUGGGUUUUUGGGGCUCAGUAAGGAGGUUGUGCUGGCUCUUAGGGACGAGUACCACAUCUACAUGGCGGACAACUCGCGGAUCUCGAUUGCGGGACUCAACACGGGGAAUGUCGAGUAUGUGGCCAGGUCGAUUGGGGAGGUUCUUGCGAGGGAGCAGUGA